UUGCUUUUUAAAAACAUCAAAAUCUUUUGCUGAUGUGCUUAUACAACAGAUAACAAUCCCAACGUUUAUUAAACAAUUAUGACUUGAACAAUAUGGCCACAUGUGUUUCAAUGGUCGGAGGUUAAUGAAGUUUUGAGUUCCUCAAGCAGAGGAUUGUGUCUUCUGAUCGAAUCUGCUGCAAAAAGUUUAGAGAAAAUCUUCAAUGAGGUGCAGGAAUUCAAGAGACUUAAGAGUCCAAGAUGAAUUUGAGGUUGAAAGCCGUCGGACUACAUUUGAUCAAGAAAGUGGGACUAUUAAGCAUUUACAGCAGAACGCCAAGAACAAGGAUAUGUGUGGGAUGACAGGAAGGUGCUUUGACACUAAAGCACUCUCCAUGGUCUUCCCCGAGGACUACAAAGGAGUGAAAAGAUCGAUUUUGAAUCCUCGUGGACCAGCUGUUGGGAAAUGGAACAAUUUUUUCUUUGCAGUAGGCCUAGUUUCUCUUUUCAUCGACCCUCUUUUCCUUUACUUGCCAGUGGCUGAACCGGACUAUUGCUUUGAAACCAGGAUGUCCCUUCAAAUAGUACUGACAAUUGUGAGAUCAGUGUUGGAUAUCUUUUACAUAAUUCACAUUGCUGUCCAGCUUCGAACAGCCUACAUUGCGCCUUCCUCUCGUGUUUUUGGGAGAGGAGAGCUUGUCAUUGACCCUUGGAAGAUCGCUUACCGGUACCUUGUUAAGGGCUUUUGGGUCGAUUUCAUGUCUGCAAUACCACUUCCACAGAUACUAGUUUGGGCGAUCAUACCAAAUUCAGCUGAUUCAGUGACUGCCCACUCUCACAUUGUACUCAGAUUCACCAUCAUGCUACAAUAUUUUCUAAGAUUUGCUCUCAUAUAUCCACUUUCAUCACAAAUUGUCAAUGCCACCGGCGUCAUGACAUCCGAAACAGCCUGGGUUGGGGCUGCUUACAACAUGAUGCUCUACUUAUUGGCAAGCUAUGUGAGUCACUCAAAACUGAACUCAUGGUGUUUGAUAAAUUUCCUAACCCAACCUUUCUAUGUCCUCUUCAUUAAUUUUUGUGUUUUGGAAAAGGUUUCUGGUGCCUGUUACUUUCUUUUAAGCGUAGAGCGACAAGAAUUGUGCUGGAGAAGCGUAUGCGAGCAAGAAACAGGUUGCAAGUAUGGGUUUUUUGACUGCCGGAGUGUUAAUGACCCAGGCAGGAGUGACUGGUUCAACUCAACUAAUGUCACAAGCCUGUGUAAUCCCAGUAACAGUUAUUAUAACUGGGGUAUAUACGGGCUUGCAGUGACGAAUGGCGCUACGUCCUCGUCUUUCUUGCACAAGUUCUUCUUCUGUAUUUGGAUUGGAAUCCAGGGCUUGAGCUCUAUCGGACAGACUUUUACCUCGAGCAUUUUUACUGGGGAAAAUAUUUAUUGCAUCGUCAAUUCAACUAUUGGGCUGAUUCUCCUCGCGCUUCUUAUUAGUAAUAUGCAACGAUACCUGCAAUCUAUAACUGCCAGAUUAGAAGAGUGGAGGCUAAAAAGAACCGACACAGAGCAAUGGAUGCAUCACAGGCAGCUACCCCAUGAGUUAAAGGAGUCUGUGCGAAAAUAUGGUCAGUUCAAGUGGGUGGCGACCCAAGGAGUUGAUGAACAAACCCUUCUCAACAGCCUUCCUGCAGACCUCCAACGCGAGAUCAAACGCCACCUUUGCCUCGGUCUAGUUCAGCAAGUACCACUGCUCAAUCAGAUGGAUGAUCGUAUGCUAGACGCAAUAUGCGAGAGGCUGAAGCCUGCAUUCUGCAUCAAAGGCACAUUCCUACUUGUAGAAGGCGACCCUGUUGACGAAAUGCUUUUCAUAAUCCGUGGCCACCUCGAUUCCUACACCACCAACGGUGGCCGCACUGGCUUCUUCAACUCAUCAUCAAUAGGCCCCGGUGACUUCUGUGGGGAGGAAUUGCUAAACUGGGCACUAGACCAGCAACACAGCGAUGUCCUCCCAUCGUCUACACGCACAGUAGAAGCUAUGUCUGAAGUAGAAGCAUUUAGACUCACUGCAGAAGAUCUAAUCUUCGUGGCAUCGCAGUUUCGUAGGCUGCAUAGCAGAGAACUUAUACAUAAGUUCCGGUUUUACUCUCAUCAAUGGCGAACGUGGGCUGCAUCGUUCAUUCAAGCAGCGUGGCGUAGGCAUAAAAAGCGAAAGGGAAUAAAUGAACUCAAUAUUGCAGAAUCAGAAAGGCCAAGGACUAGUAUUUCCCAAGAAAUGAACUUUUUUGUGCCCAAACCAGGGUCCGGCUUAGAAGUGUAUGCAACUAGGCUGAUGAACAUGAGAAGGGCUGCAUCGGUAAGCAAGCGGUUCGAACCAGACCCUGCACAGCCUGACUUCAUUGUAGAUGAGGAAUAAAACCAAAUCUUAAUCUAAUGUCAAAACAAAUUAUGUGUUCAGUUAGAUUUGUAUUGUUCUCAGGAAAUGAAAUGUACAGUGAGGUUGUGAAUUUAUGCAACUUUUUUUUUUUUUUUUGCCCCCUCUUCAAA